CUUUAAAAUUGAAUUUAUUUUGUCCUUUUCACCUUUCUUCUGUUCCUCUCACUUUCCCUUUCACAAGUUACACAAUUUCUUCUUCUACUCUGUUCUCCACAAGAAGAAAACAGAAAAAAAAAAACCUUGGUUCUUGUACAUCUGGUUUUAGGAUAUCACACUUCCUGGCCUCUCUGUUUCUCCAUAACAGAAACAAACCAAUAAGAGGUCAAGGAAGAGAAAAAAAAAAAAAGGAUUUUUAUUUAAUUUAUUUAAUUUUUGUUUACAGAUAUUGUUAAAUCACCAUCUCGUCUCAUUCAUCGUGGGUUCGUGGGGGGUGAAAAAGUGUUGCUAAAUUUUCGCUGAUUCUUCGAACCCCACUUUAAAAAACGGUUGCUUUCUCUUGCCCCCCCUCUCUUUAUAGGAAGAGGAGUGAGUUUUCAUUUAUGUUUUAGCUUUUAUUUUCUCCCCCAUCUAUUGAUAUUCCUUCUUGUGUGUGUUUCCUUUUGCUUUUCCGGGAAAAAUCUUAAAUUUUUUUUUUCUUUUUCUGAUAAAGAGUGUCUGUUGAUCUUGCAAUGGGGAAAGGUUGGAUUUUGACAUGGAUGUUGAUUGUUGGGGUGAUGGGUUGGUGUGUGGAAGGGCUUGGUGUGAAUUGGGGAACCCAAGCAACACACAAGUUGCCUACAGAUACGGUGGUUCAGAUGUUGAAGAACAAUGGGAUUAAAAAGGUGAAGCUUUUUGAUGCAGAUGAGUCCACCAUGAGUGCUUUGGCUGGCACUGGGUUAGAAGUAAUGGUUGCUAUCCCUAAUAACCAGCUUGCUGACAUGAAUGACUAUGGUCGUGCCAAACAGUGGGUUAGGAAGAAUGUCACUCGUUAUAACUUCAAUGGAGGAGUUAAUAUCAAGUUUGUAGCCGUUGGGAAUGAACCAUUUUUGAAAUCCUACAACAAUUCAUUCUUGAAUAUCACCCUACCUGCAGUACAGAACAUUCAAAAUGCCCUUAAUGAAGCUGGUCUUGGAGAUUCAGUAAAGGUUACAGUGCCCUUAAAUGCUGAUGUUUAUCAAUCUCCAGAGGACAAUCCUGUUCCAUCUGCAGGAAUAUUCAGGCCUGAUAUCAGUGGUCUCAUGACUCAGAUAGUGCAAUUUCUCAACAAGAAUGGUGCACCAUUUACCGUGAACAUUUACCCCUUCUUAAGUCUUUAUGGGAAUGAUGAUUUUCCUUUCAACUAUGCCUUCUUUGAUGGGGUAGACAACCCCAUAAACGAUAAUGGGGUCCUAUACACCAAUGUCUUUGAUGCAAAUUUUGAUACUUUGGUUUCUGCUCUCAAAGCAGUGGGAUAUGGGGACAUGCCCAUUUUGGUAGGAGAAGUAGGGUGGCCUACAGAAGGUGACAAGAAUGCCAAUGCAGGCAAUGCAUUAAGGUUCUAUAAUGGACUUCUUCCAAGGCUUGCAGCAAAUAGAGGAACACCGCGCCGCCCCGGAUUCAUUGAAGUGUAUCUAUUUGGACUCAUUGAUGAGGAUGCUAAGAGCAUUGCUCCAGGAAACUUUGAACGUCACUGGGGAAUAUUUAGAUAUGAUGGGCAACCCAAGUUUCCAAUGGAUAUUUCUGGUCAGGGUCAAAACAAGAUGCUCAUAGGUGCACAAGGUGUGAAGUAUCUUGCUCCAAGGUGGUGCAUGUUUAAUCCAGAUGCCAAGGAUCUCACCAAACUAGCAGAUAAUAUAAACUAUGCUUGCACUUUUGGAGAUUGCACUGCACUUGGGUAUGGAUCUUCUUGCAAUAAUUUGGAUGCUAAUGGGAAUGCCUCUUAUGCAUUUAAUAUGUACUUCCAAGUGCAAAAUCAGAAUCCCUCGGCCUGCAAUUUUCAAGGUUUAGCCAAGCUUACCACAAACAACAUUUCAACACCAACUUGCAAUUUUAUCAUUCAGAUAGUUCCUUCUUCAUCCUCUCCUUUGAUGCCAUCAUUUGUAGCUUUCUUAUUUAUGACUUUAUUCAUAAUUCUGUUUUGGUAGAUUUUUCUUGUACAUACAUUAGAGAUGCUAUUUUUUUUUAUUUAUUUAUUUUUUUUUUUUUAAGUUUAUGGUUUCAUCAAUUUCCUUGGACAUAG